UCUGCUCUUACUACUCCUCAUAAGCCUGGGAAUAACUACAACGUUGUUUACUUCUGAUCUACGAUUAUCAUAUUAAAAUCGAUAGCAAUCUGUAGUUUCUUUUACAAGGAGCAUCAACUGACACAAAAGGUCAGUACUAAAGGUAAUACAAAUUCUUCAAAUAGGCAUUCAAUUGGAAAACUGUGUUUUCAAAAGCAAUAUGGAGUCUUUAUCUACCGACGAGGUUUUAGACAAAAUCGGUAGCUUUGGUCGAUACCAAGUAUUUCUUCUGUUUCUAAUGGGUUUCAUGAAGAUAUUUGGGGAUGGAUUCCAAGCAAUGGUGGCGUCCUUCUUGGCUGCAGAACCUCCAUGGCGUUGUGUGAGCAACAGCUCAUCUUGUAAUAUCACUGGUAGUCUUUCACCAGGUCAAGACGGUUAUAAACUACGAUGUAGCCUUAAUCGUGACCAAUGGGAGUUUGAUACCAGUGAACUUACAUCUAUUGUAUCUGAGUGGGAUCUAGUUUGCGACCGCUCAAGUUUGUCUAGUAUGUCCAAGAGUAUUGUGUUUGCUGGUUACAUGGUAGGUGUGCUAUUUGGUGGCAUCUUAUCUGACAAGUUUGGACGUAAACCAAUCGUGUUUUUCCCUUCCGUGCUUUGCAACAUACUCGCCUUGAUUGCCUCGUUCGUUAACGUGUUCUGGUUGUUUGCGCUUCUCCGAGGACUUAUUGGUGUUUGCAUUGGCAGUUCAUCACUAGCUACGUUCAUUCUCCUGGUCGAAUAUGUGGGUGUCAAACAUCGUGCAACGGCCGGCACCAGUAUGUGGUAUUUUUUUACAACAUCGCUGAUGCUGUUACCAUUAUGGGCGUAUCUCAUACGAGACUGGAGAAUGCUUUCAGUUGCAGCUGCAGUCCCUGGSUUGCUACAGAUAUUCUUCUGGUGGUUUCUUCCCGAGUCAUCAAGAUGGUUGCUGACCCAGGGUAAAGAAGAUAAAAGCAAAACAUAUUUCAUUAAGAUUGCACGUGUCAACCGCAAAGAGAUGCCGCCAAAUCCAAUUGCAAUCAUGGAAGAAAAACAACGUGUUGGUGAUAUACGGGAUUUGUUUCGUUCCUGGAAAAUGGCUCGAAUAACUCUCAUUAACUGGUUUUGUUGGGUAGUGGUAGCAAUGGUGUACUAUGGAGUAUCAUUUGGUUCUGGAAGUUUUGGUGGUAAUCGUUAUCUCGUGUUCUUCUUGGUSUCAAUUAUUGAGAUUCCAUCACACUACUUCGCUAUAAAAUAUAUGGAUAGGUUUGGUCGAAAGAAAGGUGUUUURACUGGACUAUUCGCAGCGUCCCUUGCAUCAAUCGGUGCGGUUCUUCUUCAAAGGGAUCGAUCACAAACAGGAUUUCUGGUUGGUCGCAUCAUAAUGUCAAUGAUUGCCAAGUUUUUCAUCAGUGAGGCUUUUGAUGUCAUCUACAUCUUUUCCGCCGAACUUUUUCCAACAGUAGUCAGGAAUAUUGGUAURGGGACGUCAUCUGCAGCCGGUAGAAUUGGCUCGAUUUCAGCUCCAUUUAUAAUUGGACUAGUUCGUAUCCAUGUUCUGAUCCCGUAUUCGAUUUUCGCCGUUGCUGCAUUCAUCGCCUGUUUACUGUGCCUUACCCUACCAGAGACCAAUAACGAACCAACUAAAGAAACGUUUGAGGCAAAGACAAUUGCAGGCAAUGUAAUAUGCCCUGACGAUAAUGAAAACGGAGUUGUGCCAGAUAGCACUAACCUCUAGUUAUUAGAAAAUCCAUACCAUAAAGGGAAAGUAUUCUGGUGUGGAUCACAUGGAUUGAUUGCUUAUCCCCGAACAUAACAUGCAUGUGAAAGAGAACUUUACGAUACCAACGCAAUUGUGAUUUAUAUUGUAAUGUAUUAUAUCCAGUGAUACAUGUCCUUUGGAUAGAAAACACCUCUUCCUCAACCUUCCCCUUUCUUUAUUGUACAAUCUCGGACACAAAUGCUCGGUAUCUUUACGUGAAYAUGACAUUAAUAACACACUUUGCAAAUAAACAUUUAGCUAGACCAAA